AUGUCAGCUACAAUGUUUCGCACGACCGCAGUCCGUUCCCUCCCGCGAUCUUUCACAACCUUUCAAGCUACGGCCCCGCGAGCGAGUCUCUAUAACAAUGUCCUUAGAGCAUCCUUGAGAACCUCUGCCCGCCCAGUGAAAGCUGCACCCGUACUAGCCCUGGCUGUCGCCAAACCGGCACAGAGAUCCCUCAUCCGUUACGCCCAUAAUGCUGCUUUUUUCGAUGCCAAAAAACGCGAGGCAGAACUGCUGCAAAUGACACUGCAACCGGUUCCUGAGAUGGUGUCUUCAGGGUCAUCGACUCGAUUAAUUACUGGUGAGCAUGGAACGAAGUCGGAAGAAGAGGAUGUGGAUAUGAUGGCCGGUAUUCGCAGUGAUUUUAACACGAUCAAGGAAACUUUCAGCUUGCAGGAGAUCCCUCGGGAAGCCCUUUACGUCGGUUUGGCUGGUGUCAUUCCUUACCUCGCAACAUCUCUCACCACGGUGUACUUGUCGUUUGAUAUCCAAUAUGCGGCAACUCAUGGCCAAGGCUUUCUUAUGUCUGGCGAGAUGGCUGAGAAUCUUUUACACAUCAUCGAGCCAAUUCAGCUCGGCUAUGGUGCCUCGAUCAUCUCUUUUCUGGGAGCCAUUCACUGGGGCCUUGAAUGGGCCGGGUUUGGUGGCUAUAAAGGCUAUCCAAGAUAUUCAAUGGGCAUCAUCGCUACGGCUGUGGCAUGGCCAACCCUCUUGCUCCCUGUAGAGGUUGGCUUGAUCGCCCAAUUCUUGGCGUUCACCUUCUUGUACUAUAACGACGCUCGAGCAGCUCACAGGGGCUGGGCGCCUUCCUGGUACGGAGUCUACCGAUUUGUUCUCACCUUCAUCGUCGGUGCCAGCAUUGUCGUGUCGUUGAUCGGACGUGGUCAAAUCGCUGACCUGAUCACCCGACCACCUGGACCUGCCGACCGGAUGAGGGCUUUCCGACAAAAACAGUUGGAGGAACUGGAGCCAGAGCCGGAGCCUGAAGCUGAGGGUGCUGAGGAGGAAGAAGCAGAGGAAUAG